UCAGAUUCUGUUUCAUCAUGGGUGACACACACACAUCCAGAGAUGAAGCUUUUUCUCCAGGAUGCAGUUCAGUUCAUCAGAAGAGAUCAGAAGCAGAGUCCAGCUGUGUGUCUAUGAGGAGUGACGCGUCUAUGGAUCAUCCAAUGCAUUUUAAGAGUGGAGAUACACAGACUGAUCUCAGUUCAGUUCAUCAGAAGAGAUCAGAAGCAGAGUCCAGCUGUGCGUCUAUGAGGAGUGACGCAUCUAUGGAUCAGUCAUUAGAUUAUAAGAGUGAAGAUACAACGACUGAUCUCAGGCAUGAAGUCCUCAAGACGUUUAGAUCAAAUGUGCUGAAGAAGUUUGAGCGUCUGUAUGAGGGAACAGCGACGCAGGGACACCCAACACUCCUGAAUGAGAUCUACACAGAGCUCUACAUCACAGAGAGUGAGAGUGGAGAGAUCAGUAAUGAGCAUGAGGUGAGACAGAUUGAGACACAAUCCAGGAGAGCAGCAACAGAGGACACAGCCAUCAAAUGCAGUGACAUCUUUAGACCUUUACCUGGACAAGACAAAGCCAUCAGAACUGUGCUGACAAAGGGAGUCGCUGGCAUUGGAAAAACAGUCUCUGUGCAGAAGUUCAUCCUGGACUGGGCUGAAGGGAAAGAGAUGUUCUGCUGGAUCUCAGCCGCUGUUCUAGAGAAGAUGUUGAGUCUAGCAGAGAGUGGAGAGAUUCCCAAGACUCUCACUCAAAUGUACACACACUUCCUGAUCCUUCAGACCAACAUCAAACAUGAGAAGGACUAUGAGAAGAAGGUGACAGAUGAAGACAUGAUCCUCAAACUGGGGAAAGUGGCUUUUCAGCAGCUUGUGAAAGGUAACCUGAUCUUCUAUGAGGAAGACCUGAGAGAGUGUGGCAUUGAUGUGACAGAAGCAUCAGUGUACUCAGGAUUGUGCACUCAGAUCUUCAGAGAGGAGUUUGGCUUGUAUCAGGGGAAAGUCUUCUGCUUUGUUCAUCUGAGCAUUCAGGAGCAUCUAGCAGCUCUAUAUGUGCACCUCUCCUGUACAAACCACAACAGAAAUGUGUUUGAGCCAGACACCAAACAGAGUUUGUGGUCUAAAGUGAAGGACCGGUUUCAGCUUAUUUUAUUAUCUGAGCUGCAUCAGAGAGCUGUGGAUGAGGCUCUACAGAGUAAAAAUGGACAUCUGGAUCUUUUCCUGCGGUUCCUUCUGGGUUUGUCAGUGGAGUCUCAUCAGAUUCUCCUACAAGCACUAAUGAAACAGACAAGAAGCAGAUCUGAAAGCACUGAGGAAACAGCUGAGUACAUCAAGAAGAAGAUCAGGACCAUUGACUCUCCAGAUAAAUCCAUCAAUCUGUUCCACUGUCUGAAUGAACUGGGUGAUCGUUCACUAGUGGAGGAAAUACAACAGUAUCUGAAAUCUGGAAGAAUAAAGGAAGCCAAACUCUCUUCAUCUCAGUGGUCAGCUGUAGCUUUUGUGUUGCUGACAUCAGAGGAAAAGCUGGACAAAUUUGAUAUUAAUACAUUUGUUGGAGAAAACAAUAAAGCUGAAAAACUGAAUGUUCUUCAGUAUCUGCUGCCUGUGAUUAAAGUUCAUUUGAGAGAUUGUGGCGUCACAGAUGAAGAUUGUGUUGUUCUGACUUCAGUUCUGAGAUCAAACCCCUCACAGCUGAGACAACUGAAUCUGUUUAAUAAAGCAAUCAGAGAUUCAGGAGUGAAGCUUCUCUCUGUUGUACUGGAGGAUCCUCGAUGUAAACUGGAGAAACUGAGGUUGAGUGAUUGUGGCGUCACAGAUGAAGGUUGUGCUGCUCUGGCUUCAGCUCUGAGAUCAAACCCCUUACACCUGAGAGAUCUGAGUCUGUCUCUGAAUAAACUAGGAGACUCUGGAGUCACACUGCUGUCUGCUGUACUGGAGGAUCCUCACUGUAAACUGGAGAAACUGUGGUAA